AUGCAGUCCCCCGUGGUUGCUCCAUCAGCUAAACCCGCACACAAUGCAAGCGCGCACGAUCUGGUACUGACUGCUGCGGUCCCAGCCAGCCCCAAUAUGCCUACAUUCCUCUCGAAGUUUCUGCAACCAGCGCACUUCCCGGUGAAAAGUUCCGAUGGAGUUGAAGCACUCACGAAAUAG